CUUGGCGUCUAAUAAGAUCUUUCUCGACACAGACACAGUGAACCAUUUAGUAAUUGAGUUUUCAGACUAUCAAUAUUUCUCCAACGGGAAUUUACUAGGUUUAAUAUCGUUUACGACGUUCAUCACUGUUCAUCAUGGCUUCCUCAGAGAAUCGCAACUUUUUCUACAAAUACGAAUCCAUGAGGACAAAAUGGAGUCGAUUUUUCGACCAAGGAAAUGCGAAGGCCGAGACGAUCAGAACCUUCUUUAACACCUUCCAUAAGAAUCACAGAGGUUUUACGUACGUGGUCGGGGAACUAUUCGAUGAAUCAAUCCAUCUUCUCGUUUCUCCUGAUCAGUAUAAUCGAAUCAAAGAAGAAAUUGAAAAGAAAGUUGGUGAGACCCUGCCGGACGUUUCGCGGUCAAGGGACGUAAUUAUCAAAGCGAGAGGCAAAUCAUUUCCAAAUCUUCAGUCGUUUAAGAAUUAUUCCAAAACCCUUAAUGAACAAAACAAGGAAAUUGAAAAGAGGUAAGAAAUCUUUAAUUCAUCCAUUUUUCCCCUUUUUAUAAUGUUGUAUGAGAACGAGUUCUUUACUUCCCCACACUUCAGCUGUACCUGUACCGACUUGAUUCGCGACUUUUCACGGACUAGUUUAGUCAGAUCAGUCGUUUCUUUCCAUCAAAAAUAAUCUGAUCGGCUAGCUCAUCGCUUUAGUUAAACGAAAUCAUUGUACUCCUUCUGAAUUGAUAAAAAGCAGAAAAUUCAUUUAAAAAAAGUCGGUAAAAUAUGCCUUUUUUGUUCUGGACUUAUACACAAAGUUAUUAAAUUUCGAAGCAUUCGCGACAAUUUCUUUGAUGUUUCCGCAUGACGUAUGUUUCUAUUUCUCAUUCAAUAUUUGCUCGAUUUUUCUGUUCUUCAAUGGUAGCGAAAAGUCAAUGGAAAAAAAGCAAAAUUGUCGUUGAAAGUUUUAAUCUAACGAAUAGCUGGCCUGUCAUAUCGAAGUCACUGCUAGUCGUUUCAUAACCUAAGUAGAUAGACUUCAUUUUAGCAGGUCUCAAACUUUCUCUUUUACAUGUCUUACAUGGUCGCGAAUCGAAAAUAGGGCCUGAUCUCAGUUUAAUCUCUCGUGCAUACAAGCAAGUGGCGCUACAAAAUCAUUACAGUGACUAUAACACAUAAUCAUUAUGCUAUGUCGCUAUGUUGUGGUAGAAGUUUGGUUCACGAAACUUUUGAUCGUAGGACGGCGCUGGGACAUAUUCCACCUUCGGUAUCAAUAACUUAAUGUUACAGCCGGAUGAAUCAGCAAAAAGCCUUGUGUAGAGGGGUUUUAGGGAUACCUUCUAGAAAGGCAGGAAAAAUUUAAUCCCCCUCUGCCUUUCUAACAGUACUUCCUAUCAGCAUCAAAGCUAGAGCAUACGACGUCCGUCAGGUAAGUUUCGCUUUCCGCGGUCAAGCAGUAAAUAAGACAUUUUUGCAACAUACAAUACUUACCAUCAAAGCUGGUAUCUCGACAAAUUCAAGUAACCUUCUCUGAAACCUCAAGGCCGUCAUGAAUAGGAUGCUAGCCCAUUGGGAAAAGCUGUCUUUCGUCUGCUUAAAAAGUGUUCCAAAACUAAAUGCAGAUUCGAGUAUUACUGAAAUUGCAGCUAAAAAUUAUAAAACAUUUGGACUUUAUAACACUUUCUUUCUCGGAAACUAAACGACGUGGUCAAUCGGAUUCUAGGAAAAAGCCCAGAUUUUCAAAGGGCUCAAAAGAAAACCAGUACAGGUACCCGGCAGAAUCGAAUAAUAAUAAUUUAUAGUAAUAAUCUUUUAUUAGGCAAUUUUCAUCACAUCACUGUGGUUUUCAGAAAGGUCCUAACUUACAUUAAAAGUACUAAAUUAGACUAUAUGCAGGAAAAUGAAAGAUACCUAGAAUUAAAAAUAUAUAUAUAUAAACUAAAUUAAACGGAUUAAAUGCCAAGAGAUAAAUCACUUAAAUGUACGAACUUACAACACUCCGUUUUCCGGAAACUAGUAGUUGGUGUCGUCAAUCGGAUUCUAGGAAAUAGACAUGUCUUUUAUUUGCAUGGUUAAGAAAUGGUUCCAAAAUACAGCAUUACAAAUGGGAUCAAAUAAAUCCAAAGACCCAAAAUAAAAGAUAUAAUAUUUGUUUCUAGGAACCUAGAUGACGUCAUCGAUCAAAUUCUAGGAAAAAAAAACGCGAGUUGUGUUUAAACAAAAGCAGAAAUAAGGGAACAAUGAUAAAUAAAACCAUAUUUUAGUACUCUUGUCAUUUUCAAAUUUAAGAGAGGGUUUUUUUUCUCUUGAGUGUUCAAUUUCAAGUGAGCUACGAUCGACACGGGGUUUCUCCGACAGUGGAAAAACAGAAACGCCACCACUUGGAUUCUCGGAAAACCAAAUUAGGUCACGUGCACGAAAACCUGGGCAGUGAUUGGCUAAUGGUUUGUUUUGGUCUAGUUUAUCAAAUUUGAAAACUCUCUGUCAGACUGAAAACUCCCGCUGCCAAAGAAGUGGCAGAGUGCCUACCUAAACAAAAACUAUCGAAAAAGUCACGAAGCUUAAAAUGACUCUGAUAAUAAAUACAUGAAUCAUGCACAGGAGCCGGAUCAAGAGUUAAAAUUUGCUUUUGACUGACAUUUAAACCUCAGGCCCGGGUUCCUAGAAAGCCGAUUAGCGUUAAUCGAGGAUUAAAUCUCGCUAAUCACCGAAUACAUUUUGUCCCACGAUUUGAUCCUGUUCCUGAAAGCAUGAUUAACUUUAAUCUAGGAAUAAACUAAGUGUUAAUUUUAACCCACCUAGCGAGGUCGAUUAAGUCACUAAUCGGGGCAAAACGUUUGUAAAACAAACAAAUUGGCGGACUUACCGUUGCCUCAAAUACGUGAAAAAAAGUUCCGACAGCAAGAAAUUGAUCUCGACCAAUUCACUGAUGAAGAGCUUUUCAGUAAAAACGGGUUUGGCCGAGAGUCAAUUCAAUAUUUGGUAGAAAUCCUCAAGAACGACCUCCAGAGAAAGACGAGGAGAAAACAUAAGCAGUUGCCAGGGUGGUUACUACUUCAUGUAAUAAAUUUGGUCAUUAUAAAACAUGGACUGUGGACUGCGGAUUGAAUAUAGGGACUAUGUUAUAAAAACUGGGCCAUUUAUUUCUAGGUAGAUGAAGAAUUCCGGUUUCCUCUUCUUCUCCUUUGGUUCAACCUAGACCACUUCAUUUUCCGCCAUUUUCCUUUACUUCACCCGUGCCUAAACAUUUUUCGCGCCACAUUUUUUAAAAGCAAUCAUGCAUCCCAAAAACUAGUUAAACCGGUUUAUUUUAACACUAAUCUCGGAUUAGUUAAUCGUGGGUUUAUUUCGCUUUCAGGAACUCUUUUUAAACCCACGAUUGGUUAUCCGAGGAAUAAGAAAAUUAAUCGUGGAUUUGACGCUAAUCGGAGGAUAGUUUAAUCGGCUUUCCAGGAACCGGGGCCUGGUACACAUUUGCUUACGUUGUCCCGUAAUUUCUCUUUAUUAGCUGCGCUUCCAACCGGUUUUCACCGUGUGCAAACUGUUGCUUUACAAAGGAAAAGAAUACCAAAGUCUAUGCAAAGCAAUUUGCUUUCCACCCGACUAAUUCAAAGCUCAGGAAAAUUCAGGACUUUUCACUGAAGGACUUGAACAGAAAUUCAAGGACUCCCACUAAAAUUGAAGGACGUUUCAAGACAGUGCGAACCCUUUUUCCCCUAUAAAGCAUCACGGAUAAAACUCGAUAGACGAGACUUAACGAUGGACCGUUUAAUUUUUGUUGGGCAAUUACAUCCGUGAAAAUAUUCCGGGCUGAAACAAAGGAACUCGGCAGUUACGUAGAGUUUUGUACAACAAGACGCUCUAAAAGCGUUGACUCGACCUCGGCUUGAUUGGAGAUAAGAUAAGAAAUGAGAAGACAUCAUACUUAAGGAGUCUGUGUGCUGGCGUGGAAGCCAUAGGAGGAGAAAAAAAGAGACUGCCAGCUAGCCAGAUUACACAGUAACUAUUGACUACCUUUGGUACACACACAAUAGUCGGAAACUUCGCAUGUCUUGAAACUGGAAAAAAAAAUUAUAACGUUUGAAUAGGGUACCUGAACUUGCACCCAUUCGUUAACCAUCAAUUAUAAUGUGGGUAAACCUCAAUAAAAACAUAGUGAUUUUUUUAUGAAGUUGAAUUUUAGCAGUGAAUAGAAACACCACACCGUGGACACCCUUCUUAGCUCUUCUUCUUCUCCUUAGUGGCAUUUCCUUGUGUUCUAUUGUUAGCCUUCGACAACAAAAGAAUACUAAGCUACCGUACUAAACAGUAAUACUAAAAAAUGCAAUAAUUAAAAAACUAAAGUGAAACUUUCCAAUGAUCUCGGUUUUAGGCAAUUAUACUGUAAUUUCAAGGAAUCUACCACAAUCAAUGGCAAUACAACACAAAAGGACCUUGCGAAUCUAUGACACCGAGGAAACAUCAACGAAGACGUCAGUAUGAAAAAUAAAACACAUUUCCCAAACUACUACUGAAAUAAAUAGACUAGUUCAAUUUGUAGACCAGAAGUUUCUUCUAAGGUUACCUGUUUCAAAUUUGGGCUAAACAGGUUCUUACAUAAAGGGGGUCUAACUGGCAAAAUUUAGCCUAAUAGGUUCUUCAAAGCCAGGUUCUUACGGGGCUCUAGACACGUGCUCCGAAAAAGGAGCCUUCUUAUUUCUAAUUUCUGUGCACACAUUCCAGGAGGAAAGAGAAUGCAAGAAAGAGCGUCGUUGAACUGCAAAAAACAAUAAGAAGAAAUCCGAAAGCACUGAUUUUGUCAUUUGACCUGGAGGCUUACGAACAUAACCACAGCAUUAUUCUCGAGAUCGGCUACGCUAUGACAAGCUUGAACAAUCAAGAAGAUGUACAAGCGUUUCACUACAUCAUCCAAGAAAAUCUCAGGUAUGUAAGAACCUUCGCGGAUUUUCUUAAGGGUUUGUUAACAUGACUUUUGAAGACAAAAACGCGCCAUUUUCCAGCGGAUUUUUACAUCCACUGACCCCACCGCACUGGCUGGCGAUUUUGCAAGUUGCACACUCGGCCUGCGGGAAUUGUUUUUCAAGACGUAAAUCCGGGACUCUAGGGAGAGUUUUGCGCUAAUUGUGCACUUUUACUUGCAAGUGAAGAAUAAAAGUUAUUAUUAUUUAGUUAAAAUAUUUCGCCGUUUCUGAUUGGCUUUCUUCUGGCUAAUUCCUCAUAACCAGCGAGUUUUGACCAAAUUUGGAAAAUGCUGGCAAUAUACAAUCUUUGAUGUCAAGCAAGACGGCAGCACGGCGGCGCAGCAGCUUAGCUGUUAUGACGAAAAAUGGCGAAACAGUUCACGGCUGUGUAAAGACGAAAUAGCCGAAUUACUGACUAAAAAUGAAAGCGACGGAUGAAAGAAUAGCGCAAAACAUCAUUGCCAGAUGGAUGCCAUGGCAUCUACAUUUUGGGGAGUAUCUGCAAGGAAUAAACGCGAAGGUCAUUUAUACGAAGUUUUUCUCGUCUUAGCUAAGUCGCGUCUUAUUUUAGACGAAAUGUGCCGUUUAUACCGAAAGUUCGCGUCUUAUGUAAGACGCGUGUUAUUUUUCCUCGUAUAAAUGGCCCUAUUGCCCCAAUUUCUUGCUAACUUUGAGUAUACACCUUUUCAGGGCAUUUUAUGGUUGACAAAGCAAUAAAUAAAAACUCGUGGCGUUCAUGACGGUGAAUCGUUGUUGCAUAUAUAUUUGGACCAGCAGGAGUCACUUCUGUAGGGGUGUUUACAGAGCAACUGACAACUUGCCUGCGUUUUGAAAUCAGUCAAACUAACCACUCUCAGUAAAAGCCUAUAUCCAGGCACCGAGAUGAUCGAGUCCACGAAAUUCAGAAAGGGCGAACAGGAAAAUAAACGGGGAGGAAAAUCUUUCCCGCCACCGCCCCCUUUUCCCAGAUCGCCCGCUCAUUUUUUCGCGUGCGUUUCACUUACGCGUCAUCCCUACAACCUGAGCUUCCUUACCUUCAAAAGCAGUGCAUCUCACUUUGAAGAUUUUCCGCACAAAUAUCGAGAGCAAAAGUAUUUAUUUUUAUUUUCUCAUAAUCUUACAGUUAUUCAAACAAGGAUUAUGUUCCUGACAAAAGAGAUCACUUUAUCUUUGGCAACUCUGAGCACAUGCCUCUCAAGGAGGCAGCUGCAAAACUCCGGGACCACAUCAAGGGCGCGGAUUUUUUGGUGACUCAUUCCGGAGCACACGAUACAGAAUUUCUCCAGAAAUGCGAAGUCUCCGUGUCAGGGAAGCUCAUGUUCGACACUCAAGUGCUCUCGUUGGCGUUACUUCCUGACGGGCCUCCAGUGUACGGUCUGAAGAAGCUUUUGGAAGACUUGAAGAUUCCUUUUGACGAAGAGGUUCUUCACAAUGGCGGAAAUGACGCCUUCUAUACCCUAAAGGCCUUUCUAUCUCUGGCAAAACUGGAAUUGCAGUAACUUGGAAUGAAGAGUUCACUCGGAAAAUCCUUUCUUUUUUAAACAGAAGUUCCCAAGCAUGCAAAACAUGUCGAGUAAACAGCACGAAUUAUUUUUGAAAUUUUAUCAGAGACUGGUUGUUUUGAGCUACACAAUGUUUAGCCCAAAUCAGCAGAAAGUGUUUUUCACGCACUAUGAUUGACUUAAAUUAAACUCUGGGUGCUGCUUGAGAUACAAAAGGUAAAUAAUCACCAGUAUCAACCUCGUUUGCAUUUAUAUACUAUGAUAAAUAGAGAGGAGACGUGUGACACGUUACCAUGGUACCAAAAUUGGGAGCUUAAGCAACGACGACGGCGACCGCAACGAGAACGGCAAAAAAGCAAUAGGUUGAUAUUACCAAACCAUUACCGUGCAGCACGCUUUCUUAGCCGUCGUUGCACGGCUGCGACAUGAAACUUCCUAAUUUCAUGCGCCCGCUGUAAGGAGUAGGUGAACACAACACAAAGAUGUUCUUUUUCUUUUUCUAAACUUAGAUAAGAUCCUUUCGGAUUCAACCCCCCAAUAUUUCGCCAACGUUUGACAUAUUAAAUGAAACAGUGCGAAUCAACUUGUUAGGUGACGUUUUCGGUUUGUUGUCAUUCAGAAAUUUUGCUACCAUGGCAACGUGACGAAACGACUUCUUCUCUCUACAGAGCGUUUUCACUCACGUGGCCAGCAUCAAUGCACAUUUAUGGGAACAAAAAAAACGUUUACAUAAGAAAAUAAUUUCACUCCCACAAGAUUGGUUUGGAACACUAAAAUGGCUGCCGUUUCAUUGUUUUGGAACAUCAAUAUGGCCGCUGUGACGCCAUGUGAAAACGCUCUAUUAUCGAAUGUGUUAUCGACUAAGAAAGAAAACACUUCUGAAUGAGAACUUUAUUCACGGAGUCCGUGCAUCACAAGUUCUGAUCACUACAAGGGUAAGAUACAUUCAAUGGAGUGUUUGUUAUUUUAGGGCUAUCAAACGUUCCCCAAUAAACAUACCCCGAAAGGCUGUUUUUUUUCUUAGAUUCUUAUAAAUGCUGUGGUUCAUUUUUAUCCUCGGUUUAAAUUUUCUUUCCCUUUGUCUUAAACUCAUUAUCAUACAUUGCCAUACCCUAAAAUAAAGGGAAAUAAAAUUGAACCACACAACUUUAAUGUCAACUAGAUUUCUUUUGGACACCAAGCAUAAUUAUUUUAACGAAGAUAGAUAACACAAAUAAAAUGGCAUUGCCAUAAUUAAUUGCAUCCGCGUAAGCUUUUUAAAUGUCUGUCUUUUCUUAGAGCAAUAUAUAUCAAUCGAGUCAGUUUAAGUACAAUAUUUGGUUUUAACACUAGAUAUGGCCACCCAUCAGAAACCAUACUAUAUCCCUAGUCAAGAAACACUAUAUACUGGUUUUUCAUUUACAACUGAAUAUUCUGAGUAGAUAUGAUUAUUGCUACGUUGUAAAUAGGUUAACACAGAUGGUAACAGAACUUAUAGUCUAUAAUAUAUACUGUAGGUGGGCGUUUCUCCAUUUUAAAACAACAAUUCUUAUAAACUCGAUAACUAAUCUACGCUGUCAGCAAUUAUUUAGUAGGUACACCUCAGUUUUGCUCAUAAUAUAAUCCACGGUUUCUGGAACGAAAUACAUUUAUCUUCUUGACUGACUGGGCCUGAAUACAUUAAUGUAUAGUCUUAUAAUUAGGCUAUUCCUAUGACUGUUAUCAUAUUCCUGUAAUCAAAACUUUCACUCUCAUAUAUUAACUCACUAUAAAAUACAAGUAGUCUCUAUAGAAUGUAAUAAAUUAAUCCCGG